AUGACGUCAUGAUGUAAACAUUAUGAGGGUUAUUUCCCCUGAACAAAUAUGGCCGGUGUUUGACAAAACUUCCAACAAAUUGUUAUAUUUUAUUGAAAAAAAGUGUUGUCAUUGGAUAAAUAUCAUUCGAGACAAACUUUCAUAAAUCAUGGCUGAGGCAUCUAGUCAUCACAAGGUUCGCUUUGAGGCCGUGGCGGUUGAGUCCCACGAGUCUGACAUUGUUUUAAUGUAUGCUGACAGUCGCGUUGAUGUGCACCUGGGAUUCCUUCAGAUCAAUAGGCAUUAUGAGCUGAACUUUGCCAUCAAAGAUGACCUUGGAGAAGAUUUGAACUUUGACCCUUUGCAGAACCUUCAUGCUCGAAUAAUGUCCUAUGAACCAAGUGAAGAUGGAGAAGGCCAUAAUCUGGUGGUAGAAUUUCAUGCUCACAGAGAGAAACUUAUACAGGAGCGUAUCUCUGUCCGUGGUCAGGCUCACCCAGACAAACACCUGGACAUUGUUCUACAUGCUCGGGUGUUAGGGAAAGGUAAGGGUACGCCGGCACUGAAAAACGGUAUCAAGUGUCAGCAAGUUGAUGAGGACAAUGACUCUGAUGUCACUGAUUGGCAGGGAUUUGAUUGAAAAACUUUCAGUAGGGCAUCGACAAUUUUUUUCAAAACAUUAAUAGGAGGUGUGCAAGGCAUCAAAUGGUAUAGAGCCAUUGCAAAUUCAGUGCAGCUCUAGCGGUCGAUGCUAAACAAGUGUCCACUCUGCGGAACCAAGAUCUGAGGCAAACAAAUGACAGCUGUAAUACAAAAAACAGCUGCAAAAUAUCUUAAGAUGAUUUCAUUAUCACAAAUUUUGAAGCGCUGUUUCAAAUGUGUUGUCUUUAAUAAAAAAAACUAGUGACUUUAUUAAGUAUAUUGCAGACAUAUAUAUUCUCAGAUAAUGUGAAGUAUUAUUUUUAUUUCCACUCAUUUUUUAAAACAAUUUUAAUAAACUACUCAUGAUAAUUUCACUUAGCAAGGACGAAUCAUUGUUUGAUUAUGCAAUUGUUAUCUUGUUAUGCAAUUCACAUAAAAGAAGACUUAGGUAAAUGUGAUUACCUUGUUUUGUGGGUGGUUGUACUUUCAACUAGGAGCAGUAUUAAUACAAAAUUUUGUCUUGUUCUGAGAAAACUGGGCUUAAUUCAUGUGUGUAAAGCGCAGUCUGCACAGGCUAAUCAGGGAUGACACUUUCAGCUUUAAUGGUAUUUUUAGUUUCAAGGAAGUCCCUCCUUACCAAAAAUCAAGUUUAGGUGGAAAGUGUCGUCCCUGAUUAGCCUGUGCGGACUGCACAGGCUAAUCUGGGAUGACACUUUACGCACAUGAAUUAAGCCCAGUUUUCUCAGAACAAGACACAAUUAAUCAGUUUAUGCUGUGAAAUGUUUUUGUGAUUCUAUUGCACUAUUAAUCUUGUUGUAUUAUGCAGAUGAACUUAUCUGCUUAUGUCUCGUACAACAAUUCAAUGUGUAAGCUAUUUUAUGCUUUGAGGGAGCAGUUUCAAUGAUUAACCCUUUUGCUUGCUGGGAAAUUUGUCGUGUGCUAUAAUGUCGUCUGCUGAAUUUCUAAAAUUAGCAUUUUCUUCCAAUUUUUUCAAAGAAUGCUAUCAGAAUAUCAAACAGUUUGGAUCCUGAUGAGACGCUACGUUCUGUGGCGUCUCAUCUGGAUCCAAACUGUUUGCCAAGACCUUCAAAUUUCGGUUCCAGCACUGAAAGAGUUAAGCUGUGGGUUGAUAUAAUCUGAAACAGACAUUUUACCUUUCCGAUUUCUUUACAAUUUGGUUAUUAUAUUAAUGUUGCUGCAAACUGUCAAGUAGAAUCAGUCUUUUGUUGUAGUUUUUUAGCUAGGCUCUUCAAAGUCAGGUAAGCUUUACUUCUUGCAUGAGUGUGGAUGUCGGAGCUGGGUGAAAGUUUUUCAGUAAGCUAUUUUCUAAGGAAUGGCUAUAGAGAUUUUAUUCAAACUUGAUACAUGGAUUAGUCAUAAUUUCUGGAUAUCAAACUGAGUUAUUGUAGAAUUGUAAUAAAACUUCAUACAUGAAUACCUCAUAUACAGACAUUACAUUUAAUUGCAUAUGAGGUGAAUGGGGUUAAGUAAAAACAUAGAAAUAAAAUUCUGCUUGAUAACUCGACAAUAAAUUUAGCUAUUGUAAUGAAUUUAAAAUUUAAACAGAUAAAUCUAACCUUAAAAGCAUUGCUUAUGUUAUGCAAGGUCAAGGUCAAUAUUUCUUAAUAUACACAGUUAAUUAUGUUAUCUGAGUAAGAAACAAAUAUAGCUAUUGCAAUGCAUCCACAUACACAUUUACAUUCCAUCUAAACUUAAUUUGCAAUUGCAGAUGGGGUAAAGGUCCUUAUUACCAAACAUAGAAAAAUGGUUUCUGCUCAAUAACUAAAUAACACAUUGAGGCAUUGUUAUUUAACUACAUACAUACAUGGCUUAUACCCAUGUUCUUCAUAGUCAAGAUCACUGUUAGUAGAUAUUUAAAAAAGCUCCAGGAACUUUGACAAGAACAAGGAAAGUUGAGCGAUGUGUUCCCAACAGCUCUUGUUUUAUUGCUGCCUGCUAGACUAACGCAAGAAAUAUUUUGCAUAACAAUAUAUUGGAAAUAUCAUAGUGACGAUAAUUUGAAUCUAAACAAGAAUAGCUGGCAAACAGUAAACUUAAUCAUAAAAAUCAUGUUUUAGUGGAAUGUUUGUCAAAAGCAAAGCAAAUAAGCUUUUGACUUUAAUACCAUCUAUAAAAUGGUGUUCUUUAUGUAUUGCUCAAUGUUUUAUAUGAAUUUGUUAAGUACAGUGCCUUUAAGCUAUAUAACAAAAUUCAAUUUUGUCAAUUAUUUGUCAUGGAUUGUGAAAUUUGGUAUGCAAACAUUGUGUAAAAAAAGGUUUGAAUUUGGGAACAAAAUAGUGAAUACACUGUAUACCAGUCAAGAAAUGUUUGUUGACAGGGUAAUGAGCAUAUAAAAGAAUAGUUGAUGUAAAUGUAACUUAACUUUAUUGUAUAAUGUUCACCCAGUGUGUUUCUUGAAAGAUUUUGUGCCCAUUUAUGGGUAAAGGUUCAGUAGUACUUUGUAUUUUAUAAAAUGUUUACCAUGACUUUUAAUUGUUUUGAGCUUUCAUUAAACAAAUUUAACUUUUUCAUAAAUCAACAUUUCCCCAUAAUGUAAUCAUGCAUAUCCCAUAUUCAUUUCAAUUACAAUUUACAUCUAGAAGCCACUUUUGAUGGUCACAUUUCUUGCUGAGUGAAGUAUCUUGUAAACUUUGUAAUUACCGGUACAUGUACAUCGUACAUGUUUGGUGAAACAAUCAUAUAUAAAAUUCAUAAACGAGAAAAAAGACAUAGUCCACUGUGUAUAGACAACAAAGAAUGUGUGCAUUGUAAUAACAGAAGAAAAAGGCAUAGAGAAACAAUAAUAGGCGCAUAUAAUUAUUUUUUAUAACACAAUAAUAUAAAACAAUAAAUGGUGCAUAUAAUAAUAUUUUAUUACUUGCUGGUCCAAAUUUAAUAUAGUUUGAGUAAUUUGAGUAACAGUACGCUUAAAAUAGUAAUUUGAAAAAAGUACUACAAAAUACAGAAGUCAUCAAAUAUAAUUUGUGAGACAAUAGCAUUAUAGAAAUCCUAUUCACUGUCAAAGGACUCUAAAUUAUUUUUUUCAAGUGAUAUUUUUCUCAAGUUAUCAUAUUCAUACUUAGUGUAUUUCUUUGCUCCUGUUAUGCAUUGAAUGCAUUUAUUCAGUUUACACUUGUAUAAGUAUAGCUUAAUAAACAAAAUAACAUUAUUUUUGGCUUAAGCAGACUUAAUUGAAAACCAAGUAGAAAGAGGUUAAUGUUAAUGAAAGGGAAAGAUUGUCCUGGUAACAUUUCACAAUUGCUUUAGAUAUCUAACAUUCCCAGAAUAAAUGUUCUCUGUUUGUUUGCAAAACGAACAUAAUGGAUAAUCAGUAUUUUUCAUUGUACUCAGAAAACUAUUUGUUGCCAGUAUCGUGUGAAUUAAUCUCUGUUGGAACUACUGAACCUUUACAUCAUUGGUUAUUAAAAAAGGUAGCUUAAAUAAGCAGUUCCAUUAUUUUUCCUCCAGAUAUGUUUUUUAUUUCUCCUUGUUAAUCUGUUAUAAUCUGGCAAAGAAUAUGUUUAGCCAUAUCAUUUAUGUUUUUAUAUUGAUCAAAUUAAAUCCAUUGUUAUUUGCUGUAAUAAACGUAUUUCUGAGUGUUUAAAUAAAUAUUUCCUCCAGAGAGGAAAUGUAUUAGAUGUUGUCUGUUAUAUGAUUGUUCAUUAAAUAUUUACUGUGAUUAUGAUGUUAUUUGGUUGUGGCAAGUCCGAAGCUGAUUUUAUUAGUCCCCUACCGGUUUCAUCGGAGGGGACUUAUGGUUUGUGCUCCGUCUGUCUGUCCGUCCGUUCGUCACACUUUUCUGGAUCCUGUGAUAACUUUAAAAGUUUUUAAUAUUUUUUCAUGAAACUUGGAACAUGGAUAGAUGGCAAUAUGGACAUUAUGCACGUCAUUUCAUUUUGUUACUACGUCUAAAAUUCUGGUUGCAAUGGCAACAAAUAGACUAGAAAUACUGCUGAAAUGGUGGUUUUCUGGAUCCUGCGAUAACUUUAAAAGUUCUUAAUAUUUUUUCAUGAAACUUAGAACAUGGAUAGAUGACAAUAUGGACAUUAUGCACGUCAUUUCAUUUUGUUCCUACGUCAAAAAAUCUGGUUGCUAUGGCAACAAAUAAAAAAAACUAUUCUGACAAAGGUGGAAUUUCUGACAAUGGUGGAGCCGGUAGGGGACUUUUAUUGCUUGGCAAUAGUCUUGUUUUGCAUAAUUUAUUUUUUACCUUACAAUAUGAUACUUUUUUAUUAUGUGUAGAAUAAACUUAUAUAGAGGAUAACUUAAUAUGUAGUUUAUUGCUUUACAAGCUACAACUCUAAAUGGGGAAAAUUAAUGUUUUUGGCUUUAUUUGGUGUGUGUUGAUAGUAAAAAACAUGUGUAUACAACCAGUUUAUUUCCUUUAGAAAGAUACAGACAAUGUUGGUCCGCACAGAUCUGGCAUGUUUCAUAUUGUAACAUGUGUCAAUACAUUACAAAGACAACUAGUGGCAAAUUUUGAUAUUUUCUCUCUGAGAGUAUGUUAUGACACAGUAUAAAUAAAAAUAAUGUAGGUACUAUUUUUAAUUGUAACAGUUUAUUAACAGUUUAUAUGGCUAUUCUUUAGCUUCAGUCAUUAACUAUUUAAAAAAACAAAAAAAACAAUAACAGAAUUUUUUUUAAUGGACAUCUAACCAACAACAAAAAACGCAGUUUUUCUUGUGUAUUUUCCUUCAUUGUGAUAGGUGGUGAUGUCUCUGAAGAAAAUCAACAUACCUACAAGGCAUCUCUGUUCAUACCAUGCAUCUGAUGUGAAUAUUCCGUUCCUACUGAGCGCUUUUGGACAUGAACUUAAUUACAUUUCUUAAAACAAAAUGUUAUUUUGUUUGUGUUUUUAUCCCCCGCCAGAGGCGGAGGGAUAUAGAAUUGAUGAUGUCUGUCCAUUACAAAACUUUUCAGGGCUGUAUCACAAGAACUACAUAAAAUAUCAACAUGAAACUUUAUGAGUGUAUAGAUAUCAAUCAGGGGAAGUGUCAUGCACAAGAACCAUAACCAUACACAUUUUUAAAUAAGAGAUAUUGCCCUUUGUUUUUGUGUAUGAUGUAACUUUUCAGGGCACUAUCUCAGAUACCAUACAAGACUUCAACAUGAAUUCUUGGAUGUAUUGAUAUAAAUGAGGAGAAGGGUCAUGCUGAAGAACAAUAACCCUUCACUUUUUAUGCCCUCCUUCAAAAGAGGGGGUAUAUUGUUUUCAAUGUCCGUCUGUCGGUCGGUCCAUUGGUAGGUCCGUCCAACAAAUGGUUUCCGAAUGAUAACUCAAGAACGCUUAGGCCUGGGAUCAGGAAAGUUUAUAGGUACAUUGGUCAUGACUGGCAGAUGACUCCUAUUGACUUUCAAGACUCUAUGUCAAAGUUCAAGGUCACAGUGACUCGAAGCAGUAAAAUGGUUUCCGGAUGAUAACUCUAGAACGCUUAAGCCUGGGAUCAGAAUAGUUCAUAGGGACAUUGGUCAUGACCGGCAGAUUACCCCAUUGAUUUUCAGGUCACUAGGUCAAAGUUCAAGGUCACAAUGACUCGAAGCAGUAAAAUGGUUUCGUGAUGAUAACUCAAGAACACUUAAGCCUGGGAUCAGGAAAGUUCAUAGGGAAAUAAGCCAUGACUUACAGAUGACCCCUAUUGAUUUUCAGGUAACUAGGUCAAAGUUAAAGGUCACAGUGACUCGAAGAAGUAAAAUGGUUUCGUGACGAUAACUCAAGAACGCUUAAGUCUGGGAUCAGGAAAGUUCAUUGGGACAUUGGCCAUGACUGACAGAUAACCUCAAUUGACUUUCAGGUUACUAGGUCAAAGUUCAAGGUCACAGUGACUCGAAGCAGUAAUAUUGUUUCCGGAUGAUAACUCAAGAACGCUUAAGCCUGGGAUCAGGAAAGUUCAAAGGGACAUUGGUCAUUUCAAACAGAUGACUCCUAUCGACUUUCAGGUCACUAGGUCAAAGUUCAAGGUCACAGUGACUCGAAACAGUAAAAUGAUUUCUUGAUUAUAACUCAAGAACGCUUAAGUCUGGGAUCAGGAAAGUUCAUAGAGACAUUGGUCAGGACUGACAAAUGACCCCUGUUGAUUUUCAGUACUCUAGGUCAAAUGUCAAGGUGACAGUGAUUUGAAAGAGUAAAAUGGUUUCCGGAUUAUAACUCACAAAUGCUUAGGGUUAGGAUCAGGAAAGUAAAUUGGGACAUUGGUCACGACUGACAGAUGAACCCAAUUGAUUUUCAGGACUCUAGGUCAAAGUUCAAGGUCACAGUCCCCUGAAGCAGUAAAAUGGUUUCCGGAUGAUAACUCAAGAACGCUUAGGGAUAUCAAUUCAACAAAUUAGCUUGUUUUCAAAUGCUGUCAAUAUUCAAUAGAACUGACGCUUUUUUAUACGCCCGUUGAAAACAGAACAAAUUAUAGUAACUGUUUCACCCUUUGCGUGGGCACGCGGUUGGCCACUGCAGUUUCCGCUCUCUUCAAAUAGUUUUUAUCCGAUCUUCACCGAACUUGUUCAGAAGUUGUAUCUAGACAAUAUCUAGGUCAAGUGUAAAUAUGGGUCAUGCCAGGUCAAAAAAUAGGUCAGGGGGUCACUUAGUGCAUUUCACGGAUUUAGCAUGGUGUCCGCUUUCUUUUUUAAGUAGUUUUCACCCGAUCUUCACCAAACUUGGUCAGAAGUUGUGUCUAGAUGAUAUCUAGGUGAAGUUCAAAUAUGGUUCAUGCAGGGUCAAAAACUAGGUCACAGGGUCACUGUGCAUUUCAAGGAUUAAGCAUGGCGUCCGCUCUCUAAAUGAAGUUUUCUAUCUGAUCUUUACCAAACUUUGUCAGAAGUUGUAUCUAGACAAUAUCUAGGCAAGUUCAAAUUUGGGUCAUGCCAGGAAAAACUAGGUCAUGGGGUCACUUAGUGCAUUUCAAGUGUUCAUGGUGUCCGCUCUCUUUUUAUGUCCCAAUCAACUAUAGUGGGGGACAUAUUGUUUUUGCCCUGUCUGUUGGUCUGUUUGCUCUAACUUUAACAUUUUGCCAUAACUUUUGCAAUAUUGAAGAUAGCAACUUCAUAUUUGGCAUGCAUGUGUAUCUCAUGGAGCUACACAUUUUGAGUGGUGAAAGGUCAAGGUCAUCCUUCAAGGUCAAAGGUCAAAUAUAUAGCUUCAAAGGGGCACAGAAGGGGACAAACACAUUUCUUGUUUAAGUAGUUUAACCCAAUCUUCACUAAACUUGGUCAGAAGUUGUGUCUAGAUGAUAUCUAGGUCAAGUUCGAAUAUGGGUCAUGCUGGGUCAAAAACUAGGUCAUGGGGUCACUUAGUGCAUUACAAGGAAUUAUCAUGGUGUCUGCUCUCUUAUUGAAGUAGAUUUCAUCCAAUCUUCACCAAAUUUGGUCUGAAGGUGUGUCUAGUUGAUAUGUAGGUAAAGUUCAAAUAUGGGUCAUGUUAUCAAGUUGAUCAAAACCUUCAAACUGGUGUAUCUUGUGACAGUUUGGCACUCUUGUUUGAAAAUACUAUCAAUUUUCUUCUACCAUGUGUUGAUUUCUUUUUAAUGCUUUUGAUUAUUUACUUUGUUUUAGAUAUUAGUGCUAAAUACUUUUUUUUUCUCUAUCACAUGUUAAUGUAGGUAAUGGCUUACAUUUUUAUACAUGUAUAAUUAUUUAGUUUUCAAUGUUAAUGUACAUGAUUGCUAUUGUAUGGUGUUGCAUAAUUUAUUUAAUAACUAGUUAAUAUUUUGUGUUCCUUUCUUUUUAGCUUACCUGUCACGAAGUGACAUGGUGAGCUUAUGUGAUCGUGUGAUGUCCGGCGUGCGUCCGGCAACAAUUUGGUUGUGUAGACAGUAGAGGUCACAGUUUUCAUCCAUCUUUAUGAAAUUUGGUCAGAAUGUUUAUCUUGAUAAAAUCUGGGUUGGGAUUGUAUUUGGGUCAUCUGGGGUCAAAAACUAGGUCACUAGGUCAAAUAAUAGAAAAACCUUGUGUAGACAGUAGAGGUCACAGUUUUCAUCCAAUCUUAAUUAAAUUUGGUCAGAAUGUUUAUCUUGAUGAAAUCUGGGUUGGGAUUGUAUUUGGGUCAUCUGGGGUCAAAAACUAGGUCACUCGGUCAAAUAAUAGAAAAACCUUGUGUAGACAAUAGAAGUCACAGUUUUCAUCCAAUCUUUAUGAAAUUUGGUCAGAAUGUUUAUCUUGAUGAAAUCUUAGUUGGGAUUAUAUUUGGGUCAUCUGAGGUCAAAAACUAGGUCACUAGGUCAAAUAAUAGAAAAACCUUGUGAAGACAAUAGAGGUCACAGUUUUCAUCCAAUCUUUAUGAAAUUUGGUCAGAAUGUUUAUCUUGAUGAAAUCUGGAUUGGGAUUGUAUUUGGGUCAUCUGAGGUCAGAAACUAGGUCACCAGGUCAAAGCAUAGAAAAACCUUGUGUAGACAAUAGAGGUAACAGUUUUCAUCAGAUUUUGAUCAAAUAUGGUCAGAAUGUUUGUCUUGUUAACAAUCUGGGUUUGGAUUGAAUUUGGGUCAUCUAGGGGCAAAAACAAGGUCACUAGGUCAAAGCGUUAAAAAAACUUGUGUAGACAGUAAAGGUUUCAGUUUUCAUCCAAUCUUAAUAAAAUUUGGCAAGAAUGUUAAUCUUGAUAAAAUCUGCAUUGUGAUUGUAUUUGGGUCAUCUGGGGUCAAAAACUAGGUCACUAGGUCAAAUCAUAGAAAAAACUUUUGUAGAUAAUAGAGAUCUCAGUUUCCAUCAGACCUUUAUGAAAUUUUGUCAGAAUGUGUACCUUAGAAAAACCUUGUGUAGACAAUAGAGGUCAUAGUUUUCAUCUGAUCUUAAUGAAAUAUAGUCAGAAUGUUUAUCUUGAUAAUAUCUGAUGUUGGAUCGUAUAUGGGUCAUCUGGGGUAAGAAAAUUUGGUCACCGGGCCAAUUCUAGUAAAACCUUGUGUAGAUGAAAGAGGUCAAAGUUUUCAUCACGUCUUAAUGAAAUUUUAUUUGGCCCAUUAGUACUUCAUGACAUAGCUUGCCAUAGUCUGAUAGAAUUUAAGUUGAUGUAGCAAGGUAAGUCAGGUGAGCGAUUCAGGGCCAUAAUGGUCCUCUUGUUUAUUUUAUUGUUAAACAAGAGCGCCGCAUGACGGAGCAAUAUACGCCCGAUUCGUGUGCCAUUGGAGAUGAUACACUGAUGAUUGAUGUAUUUGUUUUUGUUUUGAAUUAGAGUCCGGACAAAGUAAAAUGCACUAAUUGACCCUUUGACCUAGUUUUUGACCCAGCAUGACCCAUAUUCGGACUUGACCUAGAUAUCAACUAGAUGCAACUACUGACCAAGUUUGGUGAAGAUCGGAUGAAUACAAUUUGAAUUAGAGUCCGGACAAAGUGGCGCCGUUGAAAAUGCACUAAUUGACCCUAUGACCUAGUUUUUGACCCGGCAUGACCCAUAUUCGAACUUGGCCUAUAUAUCAACUAGAUGCAACUGCUGACCAAGUUUGGUGAAGAUCGGAUGAAUACAAUUUGAAAUAGAGUCCGGACAAAGUGGCCCCUUUGAAAAUGCACUUAUUGACCCUAUGACCUAGUUUUUGACCCGGCAUGACCCAUAUUCGAACUUGGCCUAGAUAUCAACUAGAUGCAACUGCUGACCAAGUUUGGUGAAGAUCGGAUGAAUACAAUUUGAAUUAGAGUCCGGACAAAGUGAUGCCUUCCGCCCGCCGCCCGCCGCCCGCCCGCCCGCCAAGGGGUUUCACAUAAUACGUCCCGUAUUUUAUACGGGCGUAUAAAAAACGUCCAUUUUUUUAUGAACAUACAUCAUUAUUUUUUACAGCUCAAAUUUUCUGCAUUUGCAUAUCGAAAAUAAUGAAUAUUGUAAAAGGAGUGAAUAAUAAGUAUAUUGAAAAACCUU